UCUUUGUUUGGUCUCCUUAAUUAGUCAUUGCAAUGCUCCUUGCCUUGUAUUCACGCUAGCUGCUUGUUGCACUCAACAUAUUUCCUCCAAUGUUCCUGCCUGUGGCUCACUGUACUGAGAGUCCCUGCUGCGAAAUAAUGUCACCAUAUUGAGCGGCCGAGCUGAGUAGAUCUGUUGGAGACCUUCAUGUUGAGGAACAGGAUCUUUUGCACAGGAAUUAAGAACAACUGUAUGUAGGUAGGUAGCAGUAGUACUAAAAAAAUUGAUGUCAAAAGGCAAGCUGAGUGUUUAGCUCGGGUGACAGGCUCAAUGAAAGCCUCUUAAGAGACGAGUCGAUCGAUGAUCAUUAGUACACAUAGAAAUUGUGCACCUCACUAGCUAGGAGCCCAGACAGUGAGAGAGCAUCAUAUGAUCUAUAUUACAUACCAAUUGACCGAUUGAAAAUGGAGAUCGCCAGAGGGGCAAUGGGCAGUUUGCUCUCCAAGCUGGGAGAGUUGCUCAAGGAGGAGUACAACCUGCAAAGGAGCGUGAAGAAAGACAUCAGAUUCCUGUCAAGAGAGCGGCCGAUGAUGCACGCUGCUCUACGCAUGGUAGGCGAGGUGCCACUCGAUCAGCUAGACGAUCUGGUCAAGAUAUGGGCACGUGAGGUCCGGGAGCUGUCCUAUGACAUGGAGGACAUCGCCGACACCUUCAAGGUGCACAUCGAGCAGGGCUCUCAGCAAGCUGACCUGGGGUGCACCCAAGGGUUCGCGAGGAAGAUGGUGAACUUGUUCAAGAAGGGCAGGUCCCAUCGCCAAAUUGUCAAUGAGAUCAAAAACAUUAAGGAUCGUGUCAAGGAGGUGGCAGAACGGCGUGAUAGGUACAAGGUCGAAAGCAUUUCUGCUAGUUAUGCACAAGCCACAGCCACUAUCGACCCUCGUCUAACAGCUCUAUUCAAGAAGGUCACCGAGCUCGUUGGCAUAAAUGGGGCAAGGGACAUGCUAAUCAGGAGGCUUUCCAAAGGUGCGGGUGCAUUCGACGAGAAACUCAAGGUUGUCUCUGUCAUUGGAGUUGGAGGAUUGGGCAACACAACUCUUGCCAAAGCUGUUUAUGACAUACUAGUACAUGGGGGGCAAUUUGAUUGUUGUGCUUUUGCUUCUGUGGGUCAAAACCCUGACAUGAAAAGAUUUUUCAAGGACAUUCUUCUUCAACUUGACAAGCAUAAAUAUAUGCACAUCACUGCUGUGACAUUAAUGGAUGACAGGCAGCUCAUCAAUGAGCUACUAGAAUUCCUUGAUAAAAAGAGGUACUUGAUUGUUAUUGAUGAUAUAUGGGAGACAUCAACAUGGGAUUUGAUUAAAAAUGCUUUGCCAGAUAGUAAUUGUGAAAGUAGAAUAAUCACAACUACUCGUAUUUCCAAAGUUGCUGAACAGGUUGGUGACAUUUACAACAUACAACCGCUUUUUGAUGACAAUGCUGAAAAAUUAUUCUACACCAGAAUAUUUGGUUUUGAUGGAAAAUAUCCAAGUAAUCAGUUGACUGAGGUAUCAAAGAAGAUUUUGAAGAAAUGUGGUGGUAUAAACCCAACAAUGAAUGGUCCAAGGUUUAUGACUCUAUUGGGUUUGGACAAGAAGACAGCAAGGAUGUUCGGAACACAAGAAAGAUAUUGCCUUUUAGCUAUUACGAUCUACCCAUUCAAUUAAGGACUUGCUUAUUGUAUCUAUCCAUAUUUCCAGAAGAUUAUUGGAUUGAGAAAUACCAAUUGAUUUGGAGAUGGAUAGCUGAAGGUUUUGUCCACGAGGAAAAGGGGCUAGUGUUAUUUGAGCAGGGGGAGAGAUUCCUCGACGAGCUGAUAAAUAGAAGCUUAAUCCAGCCAUCAGAUCGUUAUCAUAGUGGUAUUGUAAAUGGCUGUCGUGUUCAUGACAUGGUGCUUGAUCUCAUUCGUUCCUUGUCGAGUGAAGAGAAUUUUUGUGCUAUGCUGCAUAAGGAACAAACCAUGCUUUCACAGAACAACAUUGUCCGCAGGUUAGCCAUCCACAAAAGAAUUCUAGAGCAUAACCCUAAGAUGAAUGUGCGCAUGGCACAAGUGAGGUCAUUCAAUGCCUACAUGUGCGGUCAUAUGGAUUGUAUGCCCCCGCUAUGGAGCUUUAAAGUUGUGCGCGUGUUAGUCUUAGAUUUAUGUAAUUUUACGGGAAGUCCUCAUCUUGAGCCUAUUGGGAAAUUGCUUCACCUCAAGUACCUAGGACUAGUGAACACGGCCAUUGCUGAGCUCCCCAAGGAGGUUGGGAACCUCACAUUGUUGCAGACGUUAGACAUAUGGCGCACUAGUAUAGAAGAACUUCCAUCAACUGUUGGUAAGCUGAAGCGGCUGAUCUGCCUGCGAGCUGACAGCAACACGAGAGUGCCAGCGGGGGUGAUAGGGAGCUUAACAUCCCUACAGCAACUGCGCCUUCACUCUGCUGACAAGUCCCCGAGCGCCGUUGUAGAGCUAGGUAAGCUGGUGGAGCUAAGAGUGCUUGAAAUCCAGUUCUGCAAGAUGGAUCAGAACUCACGGAGAUCUCUAGUGGAAUCCGUGUGCAACCUUUGCAACAUACAAGUUCUCGAAGUUCACUAUGAUCACUCUGGACCUACAGAGUGGGCGUACCUAGGUAGCAGCUGGGAAGGCUGGGUGCCCCAUCCACGGCUCCGCCAGUUCUUGCUGAGAGCCAUCUCUCUGCCAUGACUACCGCUGUGGAUCAACUCCUCGCACGUCGCACACCUUUCCUACCUUCAACUAGGAGUGGGCUUUAUAGAUGUCCAGGAUCUACACACUCUUGGGAGGUUGCCAGCGCUUCGUUGCCUCUACAUAUCUAGCGGUAUUCUGCUAUCCUACGUCGUCGCCGGUGGAGAUGGAUUGUUUCAAAAUCUAAGGCAUUGCACGACCAACUUAGAGUUCAUGUUUCAACAGGGAGCAAUGCCGAUGCUUGCGCACCUCGAGUUCAGGGUCAGUGUGCUGGGCCUGGGCAGGAGGGAGGACCCUGCAGGCUUGGGGUUGGGGCACCUUCCUUUCCUUGAACUUGUUACGCUGUACUUGCAAUGCUCUGGUGCCAGCAUUGUGGAGGUUGCGGAAGUGAAGGUAAUGCUGAGGCAUGAGGUCCAUGUUCAUCCCAACCAUCCUACCCUUAAUUUGGAAGAAUACCAUUGCCAAAGCCAACAGCCCGAAGAUGAUGACAGCGGUGGAUCCGUAUAAAAAUAUUUACUAGUCAAUGGACUGGGCGAGACCAGUGACCAGUACUGUACAUAGCCUGCAUUUGUUCAGGUUUGUUUAGCUGUAACAGAAUUUUCAUUGAACAUGGUUCCAAAAUUCAGAAGUUGGUAAUUCUACAACCAACUGGUAUAUGCUUGAAGGAAUGGCAGUGCAGUUGAUGCGUGCAGCUGCAGCUCGCAGGCCCUCUUUUUACAGCAAUGUUCUUCUGUUCCAUUCCUUAUAUUCAUGAUAUCAUUUUAUCAUGUAUACUGAACAGAUGAUCAAAGAAUGUGUAACUGCAAAUUGUAAGACUGAACUUGCAGACCGUAUCAACUUUUUAUGAAAGGAAAUAAAUCCACAUGCCCCCCUCUCCCGCCCCCUAAACUUUGAAUAACAAUGCUAAGCAUCGUCCUAAAUAUGGAGUUGAAAGUGUCGAUAUGUUUAUUACCAAGAAUUGAAACGUGGUUAAAGUCUAGCGGUUUCAUAUCUGUUCUUAAAAAUCCGCCGAAUAAUCACAACAACGAGGUCAUCCCAUAUAAAGCACUCUUGAUGAAUAAUCACACAUUUUUUUUUGGAGAAAAUUAGAUCCAUAUAGCAGAAGAAAAACUCUAGUACCAAAAAAUAGCAUAAAAAAUUUCCACUUUCAAUGAAUAGCACUUCCAUCGCAUUUUUAACUAACGGCGUUAAAAUUUAACUCCUUCCCAGCACCCUUCAUGUGGAGGGGGAGACGGCGGCGGCAAGCGACGGGUGGAGGGGAUUGGAGACGAUCCGAGACUGCCUACUUACUCUAUGGCGGUGGUUGGCGAUGGGCGGAGGGGAGACGAUGGUGACUGGCGGCUUGCUCGAUCGAUCGAUAGCAGCGACUCGUGGCUUGCUUGCAACGGAAUUCAGGAGAGUUCGAGUUUGGGGAAGUGAACCCCGAAUCCAUUCGCCGCUGCCGCGCGUUGUUCUGCUUCCACUAUUGCUGGAGCUGCCCGAUCGAGCUUCCUGCUCACAGGAACGAGGAAGAAAGCAGCAAGAAAAUAAAGGACAGAGCGCAUGAUUCAGCCAAACCAUCUCAUUACCGUGUGAUAAAGGGCAUUCUCGGUAUUUUCCCUCCCCAACCACGGCUCAAUCCCGCAUCACCGAUGUGACGGAAGUGCUAGAAAAAUUAGUGGAUUGUGCUAUACAUCGAAAGUGGGAUUGUUUUUUUUUUUUGCUAUUACUUAGUAAUCGGGGUGUUUCUUGUGCUAUAGAUCAAAUUUUCUCUAUUUUGCGUGUUGUCGUGGGGAUUCAUCUGUUUUUGCGUGGUGUUGUGAUUUUUCAUAUCAUUUGAAUAAUCAUAAAAACACGCAAAAUCAAUGUCUCCGAAGCUUGUUGCUCUGAUAGUGAUGCCAAAAUUUAUAAGAUGGAACCUCUUUCGGACGAUGACUCCAAGAAGCUCUUAUAAACAAAGAUAUUUACUCAAGGGAACAAAUGUCCUCAUAAAUUGAAACAAGUCUCUAUAGACAUCCUAAAGAAAUGUGGUGGGUACCAUUAGCAGUCAUCACCAUAGCUAACCUCUGGCCAGUAAUAACAAGAGAAGCAAAUAGGGUAGCACAUGUUUUAGCACAAAUGGCAAUGAGUACUAGAUCUCGUGC